GUUCUUUUUGAAAGUACCGUGCAGGAACUUUUUGUACCUAGUACAAUGGUACAGUUCAAAAUGUCGUCACGGUGCAUGCGGUACAGACAGUACGGUGCAAUUUCAAGUUUCCAAAUAGAACGUUAUUCGGAAUAUGGGGUGCACAUGUGAACAGCAAGCUCAAAAGUGAUUAGUGAGGUUACGAAUAGGCCUGUUAAAAUAAAAGACAUCAUGGAUACAGAAACUGACGAUAGUAUUACAUCCGAUGAAGAGAAUCCAUUCGAUGAGUUUCUUGCAUUGCACAAUGAUAAUGAUCAUGAUGAUGACUUACUUGCAAUUAUAAAUCCUGCUAUUAACGGUAUUCAAAGAAUAAAUCAUGUAAAGAUCGUAAAUUAUAUAGAAACGACUCGAGCAUACAUUGAAAAAGACUUUAUUAUGCAUUUUCGCUUGUCACGAAUGAUUGCAUAUGAUCUAAUUGAUAGAUUUGAAAGAUCUGAUAUUUAUGUAACUCUGCAUGUACCCUCAGGUAAACCCACAAUAACAGCUGAAAAACAUGUUCUUGCUUAUUUAUGGUUUGUUGGACAUCAAACAGCAUCAUACCGAGAUGUAGCAGAUAGAUUUGGAGUCACAUUAAGCACAUUAUUCAAUAUUAUCACCCGUGUAACUGACUUUUUGUUAUCAAUGCCAAAUAUAAUUAGAUUGCCCACUAAUGCAGAGAUGGAAGUUACUCAGCAGUAUUAUAGGAAUCGCACAGGAUUCCCUGGUGUCAUAGGAUGGAACCCAUAUUCGUAUAGACAAACCAUUAGAAGAUCCUGAUUCAUACAUUAAUAGGAAGCAAUAUUUUUCAAUACAACUACAAGGAGUUGUUAAUCACCAACGAAAAUUCAUUGACGUCU